AUGGCUUCCGCGUCGAGUCCCGUCGUUCGCCGCUCGUUCAGUCUGCCCCCCUCGAACUCAAAAGGCCCCUCCUCGCCGGAUCCGCAGGUCGAGAUCCUGUACAAUCUACCCUCCGUCCGCAUAGUCGCCUUUGUCACCACCUCCACCAACUCUGCCAGGCGAACCAGCUUGAGUUACGGGAGUCCUAUCGUCGAGGACGAGCCCGGAACAUUGCCGUGGGUAUCCAGGGCUGAAAGGACAAUCGCUGUUGGCCCACUACGAAUAUAUCGAGCUCCCGGGUCUGUUGCAUUCUUGAGUUGUGCAAAUGCUCUACAACCGAUAUUACCGAAGUCACAGUCAUGGUGUGUAGACGGAGACAGCAAAUUCGUUCUUCAGAUACGGCGCCCUCAGUACUGGCGCAUUGAGGUGCCUAACACCACUGCCGAGGAGAAAACAACAAUAGAGGAACUCAAAGCAAUACUUUCGAAAAUAUUACUGUUUGAAAAGACCCCUUGUCCGUUCCAAAGAGACUUUGUUGUCGAACUACCCGAAGCACCACAAACACCUGUCAAGAAACGUCCAUGGCGGCCGGUACAGGGACCUCAAACUGCAAUCGCUGCCAUAAGAUCAUUGAACCUAGAGGACAGCGCUCUGGUUUCAACUACUGUGGACUCUCCUCCAACGCAGCCUCUUCCUACAUCACCUUUUAGAACUCCUACCACCAAGCGACCUCGCAAUUCUCUACAGCCUUCGACGCCGUCUUUAUCUCAAUUCCCAGAGUCUCAAUCAUGGGCAAAGGCUCAAGAACCCGAAAUUUCUCGCCUCCCUCGUUCUCCAACCGUUUCACCUGGAGAACUGCGCUAUUCGCCCUCAACCGAUGAACCGUCUGGUAAGGAGGAGGAAAUUCGGCAGGUUAACACCUUAGCCCCAUCACCCCUGGAAUGCCUAGCUGUCCAGCCUGUAUGCACAGGUGGCGAUCGACUAGAAGCUACGGAUAGCGAUAGCUUUAGUGAUGCCACAGAUGAUACAAAUAUCACACCUACGACUCACUCGGCCCCGACUUUCCAACGCCUAGUUUUAGACCCAGAAACGAAAGGUCGACCACCUGCGUUGCAAAAUUGUAGCCGACCGAUUACAGCUCCGCCUGUACUAUCCGUUAUAACCAGUCCACCUUCAAAACGUCGCAGCAACUCAAAUCUUACAGGCUCAACAGUAGCUGAAUCAGAUUCUGGCUUUUCAUCUAGUGUUGACUCCUUCCACUCCAUUCAAUCAUGGCAUUCUCCUCUGGAUCCCCCGUCACCAGAGAGUGAUCUUUCCCCUGCCAGUUCUUCUACACAUCCUUAUCCACUCGACGAUAUUGUGCUCCCAAAACGCGCUGGUGCCCGUCGGCCAGCAGACCUCACCAUUUCCCCACAAACUCCUGGAGCGUGGGAAAGUCCAACGAUGCCUAAUGAUGAGCAGACAGAAUCGUUGAGCUCAUCACCGCCUCCACCAACAACGCCACCUCUACUUGUCGAUCUAAGCGAAAAGUCGGACGAGGAGCGAAUUGAGGCUAUUACACCCUCGACCACCAAGCCAAGUCUUCGACAUCGGGCCACCACCAGCAAUAACUCCUGUAGACGAGAACUCUCACCAUUGCCUCCUGCCGUCAAUCUCUUUUCCCCUACUAGACGACGCCCGCGACGUCUCCAAACGGCUCGCCAUCUUCCUACCGCAAUUGUGCAGAAAACCUGCGAAAUUCUCCUCAGUCCACCGAGCCACUUGCUUCACUUGAUGCUCAACAUAGCGUCUAAGAUUGCCGCUGGGGAGUGGAGAGGCUUUCUAUUUUCUGGAUAUGGGGAAGUCUCUUGGGACUUUGAAGACGAAUAUUCGGGAGGGGCGUGGGCUGAGGACGAUUAUGGAAUCAGCCUCACCCCUCCUCAAGCUCCGUCUCGGUCACGCAAAACACACGCCACCGAAACUGGCGGUAGUUGGGAGGUUGAUUAA